AUUUUAUUGACAAGACAAGCUUGUCAAGACAAUCUGAGACAAUCCUACGAAAAAACUUUUUUAAUUCUCUUUACUUUCGUUAAAAGAAAUAUAACAAUAAAUCAUGGGCGAGGUGGACAAUAUAUCAACAUAUAGCACCGAAGGAGGACAGGACACGGUUGGGUUACCACGAAUUGUGAUGGUGACAGAAGGCUCCGACGAUUCCGCGUCAUCACCUUCUUCUACAUCCCCCGACGAAGACAACUGGGCUGAUCUCAUCAAAUCCGCAGAAAUACCUCCCGAAUACUGGCACAUACAGAAGCUAGUCAAGUAUAUGAAAGCCGGUAACCAGACAGCCACUAUGGUAGCACUAUCUUGCUUGAAAGACCACGAUCUCACGAAAGAGGUAAAUCAGAGAGCGAUACAAGAAAUCGGUGGUUUGGAACUGCUUGUGAACUUAUUGGAAACGAGAGAUCUAUGCUGUAUCUUGGGAGGCUUAGCGGUCCUCAAAGACAUUACCCCAAAUAUUGAAAUAAGGAAAAAAGUAACAGACUUAGGAGCAAUACCGUUGCUCGUGGGAUUACUAUCAGACCCAGCAAGAGACGUUCGGAUACUAGCAGCGGAAACUAUCGCUAAUUUGGGAAGAAUAAGAAAAAGCAGAAAGUUUUGCAGAAAAUUUGGCGGCAUACCGAAACUAAUUGAUUUACUUGAUAUAAGAGAUAAGGCUUUACUAACACCUAAAGAAGAGUUAAAUCAAGAUGAGCUCCAGUUUUUGGACAUCGCCAGAGCUGGUGCGAAAGCACUAUGGUCUAUGUCAGCUUCCCAAAGAAACCGUGAAGCUAUGAGGAAGUACGGAAUGAUACCACUUAUAGCAAGAAUGCUGAAAACUAUUCAUCUAGACGUAGCAGUCCCAGCCGCGGGCUUGUUACAAAUGUGUGCAAAUGAAACGUCGUUCCAACUUGCUAUACAGACUGAAAAGAUGGUUGAUGAUUUAAUCAAGCAUCUUGGUAAUGAAGACAAAGAUUUAAAGACAUACUGCAGCUUAGCGAUUUACAAAUGCGCAAGUGAUCCAAACACGCGACACAUGAUCCGAGAUGCUGGAGGGCUAGAACUAUUGGUACAAGCUGUGUCUGACACUACCAAUAGGCCAAAUAAGCCAUUAAUGGCUGCAGCGACUGGUGCCAUAUGGAAAUGUGCCAGCAGUGACGCCAGCGUCAAAAGAUUGGACGGUCUUGGGACUGUUCCCAUACUGGUAAGACUGUUGGAUGAUGAGAAUGACGGAGUACUGACCAAUGUAGCCGGUGCUCUAGCAGAAUGCGCGAAGUACCCCCCGAACAGAGAAAAAAUUAGAGCUGCUGGUGGAAUAUCAAUGCUUACUCACCACCUCAAUAACACUCACAAGCCGCUACUAGAAAAUGUUCCGCUAGUUCUGAUGGAGUGCGCUAAAGAACCGAACUGUAUGGCUGAGAUUGACCAGCUUGAUGGCGUCAGACUAAUCUGGUCCUUACUUAAAAACGAUUCAAAGAAGGUUCAAACAAACGCAGCAUUAGCUUUGAGUCCUUGCGUUCAAAAUGCGGCAGAUUCCGGUGAAAUGGUCAGGUCCUUUGUAGGGGCUUUAGAGCUGACCGUAGACUUGUUGGAUUCUGAUGAUCACAACGUUUUGUCUGCUGUCUGUGCCGCUAUAGCAACUAUUGCAAGAGACCACGAGAAUUUGGCUGUCAUAUCUGAUCAUGGUGUUGUCCCAAAACUAUCUAAACUUGUGAACACAACGGAUGAUCAUCUACGAGCAAACUUAGGCGUAGCCAUAGCCUACUGCUGUGAAUGGGCUCAGAAUCGCCAGGAGUUCGGAAAGCGUGGAGCUAUCACUCCUCUGGUGAACUAUAUGACGUCACGGGACCCCAACGUGCAUCGGUCUACUGCAUUGGCGCUGUACCACUUAUCCUUCUACUCACUGAACUGUGUCACCAUGCAUGCUGCUGGAGUUGUCCAAUUUCUUCUAGAAACAAUUGGAUCGAAAGACCCGGUCCUUCAAGAGGCAUCGGCUGGUUGUCUAUGCAACAUCAGGAAACUAGCACUGGCCACCGAGAAGGUCAAGCUAAAACAGUAGCUUGUUUAUGGUUUACGUCGACGAACCAAAGAGUUAUUGAAUUAAAU